GCCAUGACCCAUUGAUUACAAAAGGGUUUCAGAACAAGUUCUUGGUGUAGGGUUAUGGAGAAAUUCAUGAAUCUAACAAGGUCAAGUGUUGACGGUUCACAACCAGAGAAAAAAGGUGAUCUGAGUCGCGGCAGAGACCAGAAGACAUCAAUGCAGAAAACCCAAUCUCAUCAAGAAAAGAAGAAGGGUCAGAAUUGGUUUCAGAGACAGUUCAUAAGGAAAAUGAAUCGGGAUGACCAGUCUGGAGACUUGGAACAUGUCACUGCUAUAGCAGCCGCCGCAUAUGCAGCUAGCAACCAAGAAAUUUCAGAAAUCCCACAACAGAAGACUGGUGGAUCCAAGAGAUUCUCAGAUUCAUUCAAAUUCACAGAUGGAAAAGGGAAGAAGGAGCCAACAUCACCUGCUGGAGAUGAAAAGGCCAUGGCCAGUGUGCCAUCAAAGAAGACAUUAAGUUUUAGAGAGCUCUUAAAGACAAAAUCUGACACCACAGAACCAAAAGUUGCUGCACCAGCACAAUCUGAAUCUUCUAGGCCGCCAACUUCAGCAAUACCACCCACCAGGGACACAGAAGCAGAUGCCUGGGAGAAAGCUGAGCUUGAAAAGAUCAAACAAAAGUAUGAGAAGUUGAAAGAGACAAUAGAUUCCUGGGAAAACAAGAAGAGGAAGGAAGCAAAACGCAAGCUGAACAUGCAAGAGAGUGAGCUGGAGCAAAGAAGGCUGAAAGCGAUGGACAAAUUCCGAGAUGACGUGGACCGUAUUGAUCAAAUUGCAAGGGGAGCAAGAGAACAAGCAGAUGCAAAACGAAGGAAGGAAGAGCUUAAAGCAAGAGAAAAGGCAAAUAGAAUCAGAACAACAGGAAUGCCUCGGGGACCAUGCUCUUGUUUCUGAGAUAACUAUUAUAUCUAUCGCUUGGGGCCAUCAGUAGAUGUUUCUUUCAAUUAUUGUAUCUAUAAUUCUCUCCUUUUCCCUCUCUUUAAGAAAAUCAUGUAUGGCGCUAAACUAUAUCAAAUCCACAAAAUUUAUGAAAAACUGUAUGAGAAGCUGCACCUAUUCCACAGAAAGAAGUUCCUGUCCAAAAUUAUUGAAGAUGUUCAUAAACGAAGGAUCACUCAGGGCGAUCUUGGUUAAGUAGCACAUUAGACUAUUACUUUUCACCUACCUUCACUACUACUCUAAGAUGCUAGAGGAUAUAUUCAGAGGAAAAAUAUGAUAAUAAGCAAACGUUUUAUCCAAUAGGUGCCAUUGGUGUCUGAGACUAAAAUAACAUAAAUACAUUCUCCCUGGUCGUCUUUGAUGCAAAAAGCUAAUAAAAAUUCAUAAAAAUGAAUGUUAAUUGGCCUUACUACCUAAAAUACCACUUCCACGACAUUUUAUUAGCUUCUUACAUCCCUAUAUAUUUUCAUUAAGUAUUCUAAAGGCUUUUAAAAAAUGGUAUGAUAACAUGGCUACAAUAAGUAAUGCCACAAUAAAUGUCCAAUCCAAACCUUAAAAACUUAAGCCACAGAAAGAGAAAGGACAUUUGACAAUUUUUUAUACAUUGAAAAAGGAACCUCUAGGAGGGUUGAAAGUGGAAACCAAUACAUGUAGACCCUUGGUCUUCCGUUUAAGUCUAAAAUGCACUUAAGCAUGAGGCAUGAAACAAAUUUCUGAACUUACAUAACUUCAAUAUUUUGGCACAUGAAAAUUUUCAUCACUUAAAAUUUCUCUUAUGCAUUAACUAAUUGUCCUCAGCUGGUAAAAGGAAUCACAAUCAAUUUCCCUGUUCAACAGAAGUGAGUUGCUCACAGAAGAUUCACCCCAAGUUGAUUUAUGAAGAACAUUACCAAGAAAAAGAAGAAGA